AUGUCUGAGGCCAUCUAUGCUGUGCCAGAUAUGACCAAGAAGGUCAAGUUUGACAGAGAGCAAGACCAGCUACAGACCAGUUACAACACCCUGGCUAAAGAGAGAGACCAGCUACAGACCAGUUACAACACCCUGACUAAAGAGAGAGGCCAGCUACAGACCAGUUACAACACCCUGACUAAAGAGAGAGACCAGCUACAGACCAGUUACAACACCCUGACUAAAGAGAGAGGCCAGCUACAAACCAAACAAACCUGUCCUAAAGGCUGGCAGAAGUUUGAAUCCAGUUGGUACUUCCUGUCUACUGAGACUAAAACCUGGAGGGAGAGCAGACAGGACUGUUUGGAGAGAGGAGCAGACCUGGUCAUCGUAAACAGUGAUAAGGAACAGAGUGGCCAGUCUAACUGUCGUUUCUACUGCAGGUAUUGGAGGAGUGGAGAGUCUAAUGGUGGUGGAGUGGAGAACUUGUGUAUCUCCUCAGGACCUGAGGAUUCAGGGAGAAGACUCUACAGGAUGGUUGCUGUGAGUUUUGGGAUGCUGUGUGUUCUACAAGUCACGCUCAACAUCUCUCUGAGACUAGUCUAUAACAGAGGCAUGGGAGAUAAAACCAAUGUGACUGCAGAGAAAGACCAGCUACAGACCAGUUACAACACCCUGACUAAAGAGAAAGACCAGCUACAGACCAGUUACAACACCCUGACUAAAGAGAAAGGCCAGCUACAGACCAGUUACAACACCCUGGCUAAAGAGAAAGGCCAGCUACAGACCAGUUACAACACCCUGGCUAAAGAGAAAGGCCAGCUACAGACCAGUUACAACACUCUGGUUGAAGAGAAAAUCCAGCUACAGACCAGUUACAACACCCUGGCUAAAGAGAAAGGCCAGCUACAGACCAGUUACAACACCCUGGCUAAAGAGAAAGGCCAGCUACAGACCAGUUACAACACCCUGGUUGAAGAGAAAAUCCAGCUACAGACCACCCUGACUGAAGAGAGAGACCAACAAAAGAGGGAGAACAAUGAUCUCAUGGCAAAGUUCUCUAAUCUGAAACAAACCUGUCCUAAAGGCUGGCAGAAGUUUGAAUCCAGUUGGUACUUCAUCUCUACUGAGACUAAAACCUGGAGGGAGAGUAGCCAGGACUGUCAGGAGAGAGGAGCAGACCUGGUCAUCAUAAACAGUGAUAAGGAACAGGAGUUUCUCUUUGGCCUCAAUAAGAGAGCCUGGAUUGGUCUGAUUGACUCUGUUAAUGAG